AUGGUCGUUGCUGAGGAUGAAGAUGCGUGUGAAGAUGAUGAUAUAAGAAUGGCAGAUUCUCAGCUCCUUCUCGAAUAUCUACCUGGUUCUGCCCACCUCCGCUCCAGCCUCACCACGUCCAUCAGGGUGACCCAGAAGUCCUACAAAGUGUCCACCUACGGCAGGAGGUGGAGCAGCCACUCCUACAUGAGCACAUCUGGUGCCCGCAUCAGCUCCUCAAGCUGCUCCUGGGUAGGUAGCAGCAGCAGACACUUCCAGGGUGGCCUGGGCGCUGGCAUGGGCCUGGGCCUGGGCCUAGGCCUGGGGAGCAACACAGCUGUCAUGGUGAACCAGAGUCUGCUGAGCCCCUUCAAGUGGGAGGUAGACCCCAACAUACGGGACAUGUGCACCCAGGACCUCAACAACAAGUCUGCCUCCUUCAUCAACAAAGUGCAAUUCCUCGAGCAGCAGAAUAAGCUGCUGGAGACCAAGUGGAGCCUCCUGCAGCAGCAGAAGACAGCUCAGAGCAACACGGACCACAUGUUGGAGAGCUGCAUCAACAACCUUCAGUGGCAGCUGGACUCACUGGGCCAGGAGAAGCUGAAGCUGGAGGCGGAGCUUGGCAACAUGCAGGGGCUGGUGGAGGACUUCAAGAAUAAGUACGAGGAUGAAAUCAACAAGCGUACAGAGAUAGAAAAUGAACUUGUCCUCAUCAGGAAGGAUGAGAAUGAAGCUUAUAUGAACAAGGUAGAGCUGGAGUCCCUAGAAGGGCUGACUGAUGAGAUCAGCUUCCUCAGGCAGCUGUAUGAAGAGGACACCCGAGAGCUGCAGUCUCAGAUCUCCAACACAUCUGUGGUCCUGUCCAUGGACAACAGCCGCUCCCUGGACAUGGACAGCAUUAUUGCUGGGAUCAAGGCCCAGUACCAGGAGAUCGCCAACUGCAGCAAGACCAAGGCUGAGACCAUGUAUCAGAUCAAGUAUGAGGAGCUGCAGACCCUGGCCGGGGAGCACGGAGGUGACCUGCAUUGCAGGAAGAUGGAGAGCUCUGAAAUGAAUUGGAACAUCAGCCUGCUCCAGGCUGAGAUGGAGGGCCUCAAAGGCCAGAGGGCUUCCCUGGAGGCUGCCAUCGCUGAUGCUGUGUGGUGUGGGGAGCUGGCCAUUAAGGACACCAACACCAAGUUGGCUGAGCUGGAGGCCACACUGUAUUGGACCAGGCAGGACAUGGCACAGCAGCUGUGCAAGUACCAGGAGCUCAUGAAUAUCCAACUGGCCCUGAACAUUAAGACUGCCACUUACUGCAAGCUGCUGGAGGGCAAGGAGAGCAGGCUGGAUUCUGGGAUGCAGAACAUUAGUAUCCAUAAGAAAACCACCAGCAGCUACUCAGGUGGGCUGAGCUUGGCCUAUGGGGGUUUCACAAGCCCAGCCUACUGCCUGAGCUCCUUCCAGUCCAGCAUUGGGUCUGGCGGGAGCUCCAGCUCCUGCAGCUCCACCAGCUCCACCAAAGCCAUGGUUGUGAAGAACGAGACCCGCGAUGGGAAGCUGGUGUCCAUGUCUCCUGAUGUCUUGCCCAAGUGUAUGACCACUGCAGCCCUCCCAGCCUCCCCUCUCCUGUGGCUACCCCAGAGCCUGUGGGAGAGGCAGCUGUGCCUGGGAGCGUGGGGAACCCACCUGAAGCUCACUCCCUUGUGGGGAGUCUACUGCCUGGGGUGCCGCCUCUUGCUCACGUCCCAAGGAGAACAUAUAAAAUUGGACUUACAGAGAUGGCAGACCACCUCAUACAAAAGCAUUCCCCUCAGCACGCCUUCUCCCUUCCACCCUCCCCCGCCCCCAGGAACAGAUUCUUCCCUUUGUGCUGAGCAGACAGCGCACAUUGCCCUUUACUGUGAAGGAAGUGGAAGUCCCGUACAAGAAAAUGACUCUGCAUAUCAAUUACAGCUGGGUUUAUGCCGAAGAUCAACUGCUAGUCACUGCAUAUAA